GUACGGUCGACCCUGUACGGAAAUGAGAGGAAGCGGAACAACUGUUUAUUGUUGAAACCACCUGAUUGUUCCCAUUUACAGGAACGCUUUCAGCUUCUCGGAAGUUUUGACUCAUUUAGACCGGUGAGUCAUCGAACUGCAUGCAACACCACCACACUUUCCCUCCAGCACGGACCUGACUUUGUGACUUCCUGACGGAAACAUGCUGCGGUAAAAUCUGGCCAAUGACUUUGAACCACUCUGUGGUUAUUCCGAGUACACACUGCCAUUCUGCGGUCGCUCAUUGGGACUAAAGCCGCUUAACUAGCCGUCCUCACUAAGAUGAGCUCCCGACUGUGUGAUCUAGACUGGGCGUAUGACGAUAUCCUCGGCUGUAGACCAUGCUCGGAUUGUAUCAAGUACCCGGACAACCCACACUGCGACGACUGCCCGGAACCAACAACACCCGUUCCAGAUAUAUUUUCAGUCAGUAGCAAUGGCACUACAAUAUCACCAUCCAUGCAGCUCAUAACCCAGAGCCAGGAUACAACAAGCCCACUGGCACUGGAGUGGCAGCUGAUUGCGAUCGGCCUCGCCUGUGGUGUGGUACUGGUGCUGGCUAUUGCAGUAUUCAUCCGGUACACCAGGAGGCGUGACAAGACUCCACGGGCCAUGGAGCACGGCAUCUCUGUUGACUCCCUGACAGGAGAGACCAUCGUGGUGGAGGAGUCGUCUGCCUACACGUCCAGCGAGAUGAGCUCCAGUGGCAGCAACAUGGCCGACAACACGUCUAUACUGCGGGAAACUGUCAUCUGAUGGCAGAACUCACAACCCCUACCCCUAGCCUCCGUC